UGUACAGCGGCCGCCGCGCUCCGGUUUCACAAAGUCUCUGACAGGCGGAGCGGCGCGCUGUUUUUACGCAUAGCCUCCAGUCCUGCGAGGCAUUGUAGACAUUGUUCAGCAGCUGUGUGGUAGACUCCUGAGAAGACACCGGAGCGCCACGGUCUUCUGACAACUGGAUACCUGAGUCCAAAAGGUGCUGAGACUCUGCAAGUAGCCGUGACAGGACACCGGCCAGAGAGAAAGGGAUUUUGGCCCGCGUAAAUAACUAAGAGGAGGAGGCGCCUCUCGCGUUGAAGCAGAACCGCUUUAGAUGGAUUCUUCAUGUUUGCUUCAGCCUCAGUGGAGACAGCCUGCUCUGAACACUUACAAGCCGUGACAAUAAGGCGUAAAACAUGACACAUCGCGCUGUAUGGAUAGCCCAAAACAUGAGCUGCGCCCUGCGUGGAAGAAGCGGCUGCGCUGUCCUCUCCGGUGCGCGCUUGGAGCAGAAUGCGCACAGGACAGCUGGUGGGACCAGAUGGAAGGUUCGGAGAAAGGAUAGACAGGGGAUUACCUCUGUAAUGUCAGCAAAGGCCAAGGUGCUGCUGUGGGUGCUCCUCUCUCUGCUGCCUCUCGUGGAAGGAGCCCAUACGAAAGCUGGUGCUGCUGGUGUGGGCUCAGACUCGGGCCAUGCCGCCGGCCUGCUGGCAGGCCAGGAGGAGCGAGAGCUUCCUGUGACGCUGCCAGAGGUGUUGGAGGACGAGGAGCAGGAAGACGACAGUGACCCUUACUCUACUUGGCACGCUCUAUAUGACCCCUUUGUAACAGAUGAGGUGGAUGACCAUCCCAGUAGUCGCUGGGUGGGGCGCUCGCCACGCUCCUCUGACCCCUCAGAACCUCAACCCAGCGGAUCACCAAAGAAAAAGAAGAAGAGGAAGAAGAAAGAAAAGGAGGAAGGGGAAGAGACGGGAAAAGCCGAUAGAAAGGGUAAAGGUAAGAGCAGGCAGCCCAAGCAGAGCAGCAGGGACUGCCGUGUGGAGAAGAGAGAGAUGAGGGUUCGGGACCUGGGCCUGGGCUUUGACUCGGAUGAGAUUGUCCUCUUCAAGUUUUGCGUGGGCUCCUGCCAGUCUUCAAGAACAAACUACGACCUGGCACUGAAGGCGCUGCUGGACAACGGCUCGCUGCCCCGGCGCACCGCCCGCAAGGUUAGCAACCACCCCUGCUGCCGGCCCGACCGGUACGAGCCGGUUUCCUUCAUGGACGCCCAGACCACGUGGAGGACCAUCCAGUCGUUAUCAGCUGCCAGCUGCAUGUGUAUGGGCUGAAGACACCAACCAGGGAGAAGGUGGCGAGGACGGUUGUCACCCAUCCUGAACAGAUAGGAGUAAAGGGGCUCAGGGUGAGGAAGGCGUGGGUACAGGGAAGAGCCAGAGGGGGGGCGCUGUAACACACAGAGCAAGGAAGUGACAGAGGCCACUUGUUGGUUUCCUGUGGUGUAUUUCCUGUCGAGGAGGAAGAGUGCAGCUGGAUGAUUCAGGUGAAAAGGUCAAAAUCAGAGACUGAGGGGAAAUGCGGAUGCUAGAUUGGACCCGCCGGACGCGUCGACGUCACCACAUGAGCAUACUGCACAGCCGUCAACACUUGGGCUUCCCGUCCAUCAUUGCAGUCGGACACUGACUGUAACGGAGUAUAGCGGCACUUUCUACCGGUUUAAAUCACCAAUAAAGGCUUCUAAACCAAAAACUACACAGCUGUUCCAGAAGCAAUGUGAGCCCAAAUUGAGGAGAAAUUAACGACAUCUGCACCAAGAUUACAGGUUUCCCUGACGUUAGCCUGUUGCUGUAGCCUGGAAAUCCAGACCCAAAUCCGAAAGAUUAAGGCAUUGAGUAAUGAAAAUGGCCCAACUCGAGGGGCGGCACCAAGCAUGCAUUUGAAAUCUUAUUGCACGCAAUUGGAUAACACUACGACCAAUCACAACAAUACACAGGGUGACGUAGCCCCAUACACUUAGCGACCAGCGGAGCUAACUGGUAGAUUAAACUUUUGCCGUAUCCGGUGGGCAAAACAGCAAAAACGUCCUUCUUGCAAAGGAACGAUUCGGCGCCGUCUUCUGUUCCUCUUUUAGAUAAAAAGCCAUGUCUAACUCAUUCGUUGCAGCGGCCAAAGCCGUUUCAAACAACUGGUGUUCAUCUGUAGCCAUCUUGCAAUGUUUACUAAUGACUUUGGCGUUGCAGCGCUGUCGUCAUCUGUUUAGCUCGCCUCUGGCCCGCCUAUAUCAGAUACACCGAUGUGAUUGGUGCAGCUCGGCUACAAGGGUGUAAUUAAUGAGCAUCAUUACUGAAUGCCAGAGUGACUCGCUGAGCAAAUUCAAAUUGUUCUCUUGCGAGAGCUCUGGAUUUCAAGGGUGCUGUUGCUGCAUGUAGCAGUGAAGUGACUGUUACGGAGUAUAGCAGCAAAAUCACAAAUAAAGGUUUCUAAACUAAAAACUACCACUCGAACAACGCAUUCUAAUGAACAGGCUUGUACAAUACAGUACGAAAAUGUAGGCACACAAAUUUGUAUGAUUUCCUACGAAAUUAGGGACCACCGGCUACAGAGCUCCGUGGUAUUAUCGGCAGUUGGUAGUUGAGUUUAGCCGCCAAUACGUAACUGGUAGCUGGGUACAGGCACCGCCAGAUGACCGUCCUCUCAGGUUGAGCGUCAUGUGGCGACGACAGUUAAGUUUAGGCAACCAAACGACUAGUUAAGUUUAGGAAAAAGAUCGUGGCUUGUAUUAAAACACUCCCGAGGAACAAAAACACGUUUCCUUGGUGAAAUUCUUUUGUUUUGUUUUGUCUUGUCUUGUCUUUGGCAGUCACCAUGGUGUGUUCAGCAAUAAAUACAUACGAAUUACAGUGCAUUGCUUUUCUUAGCUAAAUGUACUAACGGUUCAUGAGAACAGCCUGACUCGAACAUGUUCCAACUGGAAUGUGAUCCAAAAUUGGGGAGUAAUUAUUAACAACAUCGGCAAACAAGAGCGUUGAAGCCUAAAUGUUUCCUGUGUCGACGUCAACACUUGUAGUGGGUCCGAUCUAGCAUCCACCGAGGGGAAAGUCACCAGUGAAUCACAGUCUGGAUUUCUUGUUGCGGCUUCAAAACAUGAAUUUGUUUUCAACUGCAUAACUGGUAUCUACUGCAGGAUACUCCAGACCAGUUAUUAUACACAUAAAAGAGACUCCAUAUGUGAACAUGUUUUGAUUUUAUAUGGGCGAGCCCUGAAGACUGAAGCUCAAGAGACAGAAAGAAAAGACACAGUGAAAGGACUGAUGCUGUGUUUAUAUACGGACUAAAGACUGAUAUGAUGUUCACCAUCACUCACAGUGAAGCCAGCUCCUCACAAAAGCUAUGUCACUUCUUUUUUUUUCCACAUAAAAACAGGGACAUUACAUUGUGUCAUUUCUAUGUUCAGGUGAACUCAGCCAAAUGGAUGCCAUGCAUCUUCAUGUAUUACUGUAUAAAAGUAACGUAUAUUUAUUUCUGAUAAAUUAUUUAUUUAUUAUAGCUUCAUAUGAGAGCUGUUUUUUAUUAACUCUAUGUUGUAGAUAAAUAUCUAUUUAUUGCCGAGAUUCAGAUUUCACGUUGACGGUUACUUCGGCUCGCAUACAGUACAAACAUUUGUUUUGUUUUAUUUUUUACUAUACCUACAUUUUGUGCUCAUUUUUACAUUAAUCAUUAACCUGGUCUGGACAGCUGAUUCUGGGAAGAAUUUGAUUGGAUGCAAAAGACAUUUCUCAAACUAAUUGAGCGAUUUUAUAAAACAGAAACACAUUGCAAAAACUCAGAUUCGCUUUUUUAAAAUAAAUACUAACAACCAGAAACAAAUUGACCUACAUUGAAAUGAUGUGGUAUACUCAAACAAUUAAAAAAAAAAAUUCUGAAGUUCUCUUCACAUACUUGAGUCUGACAGCUAAUGAUAUCAACUCGUCCACAGUCAGUCUCAAUGUCCAGAAUGUAUGCAGCAAACAAGUGAAGCCUUUAUACUACAGGUCCUCAACAUUUCUCUCUUCAAUUCAAGUCAGUUUAUUUAAGAAGGGCACAGUACAAAUAAUUCAAACGCAUGAUUAUCCAUGGGUUAAAAAUGACAGAAUUAGCCAAAAGGCUAUUUUUCAUCUGUAGUCCCCUGGCCUCCAUCUUAAAGUGGUGAUUUCCAUUCAGUUACACACUCCCAGUAGUAUGUCACAUUAUUAUUAUUAUUAUUAUUAUUAUUAUUAUUAUUAUUAUAAAGUUUUCUUUAUUUUUGUAUGACAUUAUCCUUUAAGGGAAUAAAGUUUUUUUAA